AUGGGUUCAAUCCAAGAACGCAACAUUCUGGUGGAGAAAGUGUGCCAGAUUUAUGACAAAAUCUCAAAGCUUGAAACCCUCAAACCCUCCAAAGAUGUCGACACCCUCUUCUCCCAAUUAGUCUUCACAUGCAUCCCUCCCUCUUCCGUCAACAUCUUAACUUUGCCAAAAGAUAUUCAAGAAAUAAGGUCUAAGCUCAUUAGACUGUGUGGUGAAGCCGAAGGCCAUUUAGAGGCUCAUUUCUCCACCCUUUUAGCCACUUUCCAAAACCCUCUUCACCAUCUGGAUGUUUUCCCGUACUACUCCAAUUACCUCAAACUUAGCCGUCUCGAAUAUGACAUCCUCAGUGAACACUGUUCGGCUCAAUCGUGGCCCCCAAAGCGUGUUGCCUUCGUGGGGUCUGGUCCCUUGCCUCUUACAUCGAUCGUCUUAGCUUCAUAUCAUCUCAAGGAGACAACUUUUCAUAACUAUGACAUUGACAGUUUGGCGAACGCUAUGGCUUCUUGCCUAGUUGCGCCUGAUCCUGACUUGUCACGAAGGAUGAUCUUCCACACCACCGAUAUAAUGGAUGUGACAGAUGAGUUGAAGAAGUAUGAUGUGAUCUUUCUGGCUGCACUUGUGGGGAUGGACAUCGAUGAGAAGCUUAAAGUGGUCCAACAUUUGGCUGCGUACAUGACUCCAGGUUCCAUCCUGAUGCUGAGGAGUGCUCAUGGUGCUCGAGCUUUUCUUUACCCGGUGGUUGACCCUCAAGAUCUUCGAGGGUUUGAAGUUCUCUCAGUUUUCCACCCCGAUGAUGAUGUUAUUAAUUCAGUUGUGAUCUCACGUAAGUCUCCCAUGAAUUCAAACAUUGCUCAUAAGCAUCAUCAUCAGCAAUUGGGGGUUAAUGAAUCCAUCAUUCCUUCAAGUUGCAAGUACUGUGAGUUCCAAAUGUUUAAUCCCCUUAACCACAUGAUUGAGGAGUUGGCAGUUGACGAGUAA